AUGGCAGCUGACUCUAAGAUUUACUUCCUUCCUGUUCCAGCAGGGUUACCUGAAGGAGUGAGUAAUGGGGUAAUUUAUAACACCACAGGCUCUUUGUCAAGACCACUAGUCAAAACAGGAAGAUCAAACUCAGGUUUCAAUGGGCAGACUACAACUUUUGAUACUCUCUGGACAUCCUUCUUAAUUAUAAGUGGAAGAUCUUCAAGAAUUUUCCUAAGGAGAUGUCCAAAGGUGCAGCAUUUCUGGUUCCUUCGAGAGGGUGAGGAGAGCCUGCAGGCAUGCUGUGCACCUCUGCAAUUGCUAGUCCCAGGGUCACAGCAAGUGGAAGUGCAGAGCACCACAAACUGCUUUGAGCAGAGCCCACUUCCUUCAUCCCGGAGAGCAUGGAGCCGUUACACCAACAUCAAUCAAGGGGGACCCAGGCGCUGCACUCACACAGUUGAAGCAGGGGAGCAAAUCGAAGACUCACCCAGGAGCAGAGUGCUUUUGAGACAGAGGAAGAAGACAAAACAGCUCCCAGCUCAGCUUCUCUUGCCAUAUUCAGGAAUCACCACACGUGCUGUUAUAUUGGGCCUCAUUUUGUUUCCCUUUCCCCAACACCUGUGUGCUGUGCUUGUGGUGAGUCUUCAUAGCCAAGUACAAUUUUUCCAGUUCAACUCCACUGAUCACUAUCAACAAGAAAGUGUAAGAGCUCAGAAGUCAUCUUGGAGGCCCCAGGCGAAGACCAGUCCUGCAACCUUGGAAGGCAGCUAUGGUCACCACUAUACCACCAACGCCACACCAGUCAUGCAACCUUGGGAUGUGCAGGGUUUGGGCAGCCAAGGCUUGCUGCACUAACCCUUUGCUGCAUGUGUUUCAACAGUGCCAUUUACUUGAUGAAUGUCUCUUUUCCGGCAGAUGACAUGAGAACAGUGCUUGUAACUGUUUCUGCUCAGCAUGAUAUUCAGAACCCUUAACAUGGUUACUGACAUACAGGAGGUGUCUGUAUUUGUUGAAUAAAUGAAUAAAGGAGUAAUGUCUACUUUCUGUUGUCAUUAUUUCCUUUCAUAAUAUACCAUAUUCCAUGUCUUUUUGCCCAUCCCCAUCUCUUUCAUGCAUUGUUUCUUAAUUAUGGAU